GAUGGGUCUUGCAGUUGCGUUCUCUUAAAAGGGGGAUUUGGGUUCAGUUUCGAUUCGACCGCUUUAGAAAUGAGUGCAACAAGUAUUGAAGAACUCCACGAUGACUGCCUAUACUAUGUAUUCCAGUUUUUACCCACUGAAGACCGCAUUAAUUUUGCCCAAGUGUGCAAGAGAUUUCGUCAGUUUUUCAUCAACCAGUGCGGUGGUAAAUACCGCGAGUUUACCCUCGACAAAGACAGUACGAGAAUGGAGCUAAUUCAAUUUUGCACCUGUCGCGAGGUGGUGACGUCCUUGACCAUCGAUCUGGAUCACUUCAACACGGCCAGAUGCUUCAGGAACUAUGGAUGUGUAGCUCCUGAAAACUGCUUUGCAAUUCUUUGCCAGACUUUGGCCGGCAUGAUUGGCCUAGAGCACUUGGUAGUUAAUCAGCUGUUCUUCCUCAUUACCCCCGUUGUGAAGCCCUUCGAUCAAAUUCUUGCAGCCGUAGGACAUUUACCGAAACUGACAAGAUUGGAGAUACAUGCCAGGGAUGACUGCAGUUUGGAUCAGCUGAGUCAGCUGCGCCACCUGGAAAAUCUGCAGCUCCUCGUACCGAAAAUUCCCCUCGCAACUCUCGUUAAAUCCUGCAAAUCCAAUGGCAAUCUCAGCAGCCUCCACCUCGGCUAUGCCUGUGUUCAAAAGAAUUUGAGAGAUAUAGUGCCCUACUGCAAAAAUAUAGAGGUUUUCAAAUUUGGUAUGUCGGCGAAUUCUUCGGAAUACUUGCCACUGGCCAUGCUACCUAAGCUCAGGGAACUCUCGUACUGUGGAGUUCGACGAAGUGGCUCCUUUGAGCCUCUGCUCUCGGCUCUGGCCGCCAAAUCGCAGUUGACACACCUGUCCAUCGACGGUGGAAGUCUUACUCUACAAGAGGCCUCCCAGCUGGUCCGCAUCCAGAGUUUAAGGCAGUGCAAAUGCUUCUGCUCGUCGACAGAGUGUGUGGAAAUGCUGUCCCUCCUGGCGAAUCUGGAAGAACUAUGCCUCUCGAUGUCCUGCCCACUGGACAUUUCCAAUGCCCUACUGGCAAUCAUUGCAAACUGUACAAAUCUAAAACUUCUUCGCAUUGCAAGGGGUAACGUGAGCACCAACGUUUUGGAAGAUGCCAUAAGACUUAAAAACACCAAGGCGAAGAAAAACACUCAGAAUGCAAUAGUCUUAGAGGUAGAUAAAUAGAUUUAAACACACUUUUAAGUAGUAGAUUACUACAUGUAUGUGUAAUCUGAGACGGACACUUCACUCAGUUGCGAUGGCAGAAUUUUAUUUAAUGGAUAAGGGCGGCAGAAUAGGAAAAGUAAAUUAAUUUUCCAAGUUUGACACUUUCAAGGAGUAGCUAAACUUUUAACAGAUAAUACGUAUUGCUGGCUCUGAGCCUAAUUUUCGUGAGAUCUAGAUUUUGCUGCCUCAAAGAACUUUAAAAGUAUGUCGCAAAUUUCGCAUACUCAAGUGCCAAAGCAAGAACAUGAUAUGAGUAUCUCAAAAAUAGUUGUGCAAGUUGUUCGCCCUGUUGGGAGAAUGAUGAAAAAUGCACUUCGUAAUUCUCGUAGCUCGUCAGAGUGGCACAUGCAACGUCGCCCAUCCGUCGCCCGGCACUUAUAAAUGUCACAUUAGAGUCUCAUUCUCGGGGAGAAGGGGACUCCAGCUCGUUAUACUUCCGCCCCCGGCGGCAGUGGGCGUGGUUCUGCCUGAAUUUGUACUCACAGUUGCUGUAAUAUAAAUUUAUAUUCUUGUCACAUACACAUUAUUCGUGAGAUUCCGUGUUCGGUAAAUGGCAACGCUGGCCCUUGACAGCUGGAAGAUAAAGUGGUUUAUUUUGUAGUCCU